AUGUCGUCGAGUGCUUUCAUCUAUUGCCUUCAGUACGAGAAUGUGGCCUUCACUGUCCCCACCCAGGACCAGGUCCUCGUUCCCGAGACCCUCCUCAAGAAGCGCAAGAGCCAGGAGCAGGCUCGCGCUGUUGCCCGUGAGGAGGCCCAGAAGAAGAAGGAGGCCAACAAGGAGAAGCGUGCCGUCAUCUUCAAGCGCGCCGAGUCCUACGUCAAGGAGUACCGCGAUGCUGAGCGCGAGAAGAUCCGCCUGUCCCGCGUUUCCCGCCAGGAGGGUAACUUCUACGUUCCUGAGGAGCCCAAGCUUGUCUUCGUUGUCCGUAUCAAGGGUAUCAACAAGAUCUCUCCCCAGCCCCGUAAGAUCUUGCAGCUCCUCCGUCUGCUCCAGAUCAACAACGGUACCUUCAUCCGCCUUACCAAGGCUACCCAGGAGAUGUUGACCAUCAUCAACCCCUACAUCGCCUACGGUUACCCCAACCUUAAGUCCGUCCGUGAGCUCAUCUACAAGCGCGGUUACGGUAAGGUCAACAAGGAGCGUGUUCCCCUCACCGACAACCAGAUCAUCGAGGAGCACCUCGGCAAGUACGGCAUCGUCUGUAUGGAGGAUUUGAUCCACGAGAUCUACACCGUUGGUCCCAACUUCAAGCAGGCCAACAACUUCCUCUGGCCCUUCAAGCUCUCCAACCCCACCGGUGGCUUCCACACCCGCAAGUUCAAGCACUUCAUCGAGGGUGGUGACUACGGUAACCGUGAGGAGAACAUCAACGCUCUCAUCCGCCAGAUGAACUAA